AUGUCAACCAACAUCACCUGGCACUCCGGCCUGACUCGUCAAGAGCGAAGUGAAUUGCGAAAGCAGAAGGGGUGCACAGUAUGGUUCACCGGUCUGUCAGCAUCCGGCAAGUCAACCAUCGCCAUUGCGCUUGAGCAACAUCUUCUACACCUUGGUCUGGCAACGUACAGACUGGACGGCGACAACGUCCGUUUUGGCUUGAACAAGGAUCUGGGCUUCUCGCCGAAGGAUAGGGAGGAGAACAUCAGACGGAUAGCAGAAGUCGCCAAGCUCUUUGCGGACUCCACGACCAUUGCACUGACGUCCUUCAUCUCUCCCUACAAGGCCGACCGUCAAAUUGCCCGAGAUCUCCACUCCGACACCAAGAACACCGACUCACCCCUACCUUUCAUCGAAGUGUUCAUCGAUAUUCCCGUUGAAGAAGCCGAGAAGCGUGAUCCCAAGGGUCUGUACAAGAAGGCUCGCGCUGGGGAGAUCAAGGAGUUCACGGGCAUCAGUGCACCGUAUGAGCGACCGGAGAAUGCAGAGAUCCAUAUUCACUCCGAGAAGACGAGUGUGGAGGAGGCGGUGGUCAUCAUCACGAAACAUUUGGAGGAGAAGGGCUUGUUGAAGUUGCCAUGGUACAACUUCACUAUGCUGCUGAUCCAGGAAUUCUAA